AUGGUCAUACCUCCUCUUUUCUCCCCUUCCGAUAUGCCCAUUUGGCUUAAUUUGUCCGUGUUACAGUCCAUUGUGAACACAGUCGCUCUGCAACUGUAUGCCUGCAUUGACAGCCAACUCCGAAAACGAAUACUGCUGACCGUGGGUGCACGCAAGUUCGUUCCCUUCCGCGACUUUCACGAUGCCAACUCUGUGGAGGAAAGCAAGCGUCGAUUGUCCAAAGCGGUUCUAGCCGAGAUUCCCGAUCAGCUGGUGUCUUACAUGCGGAUGCAAGGCAUCAUCCCGUUACGCACUCUGGAACUUGGCUUCAAGACCGACCCUACCAAUGGUCAGCGCACAUCCUCCAGACCUUCGUCUGGAGGGGGCUCGUGGCCACCAUGUCCCACCUCUAUUGCUGUUCCCAGCGCCCCUCCUGAACGUUGAUCCUUCCUCGUUACUCUGAUUCACGUGCAACAACCAAGCCCCCUCUGUCUGCAAACCACCCCCCCCGAUGUUUUGUCAAUCAUCAUCUAUGCUCAAAGUAUCCAAUUGGCGUAAUCUUCCCUUGUCGCUCAAAAUGCACAUCUGCGAUCUGGCCAGAUUUUAUUGUUUGAUUUCAUCUUCGUCUACCUUUUCACUAACGUCUAACGUUGUCCGCAUUUGUCACCACCAACUUUCUCUUCAUAGUGUUUAAUUUCCCUACCGUGCAAUAAUGAUGAUACUUUUACCGCCGCUUUCUCACCGUGACCCUUGUACUUUUGUCUUUUUUAUGGUGCUG